CCAAGCAAAGAGGAUAAGAUUAAUACAAUACUAUGGUACUUCACGUGGCGCAGCACCAAGGUGUUCUAUGGAACAACAGCGUGGCUUAGUAGUGACCACAGAAUCCACGACAAUCCUCUUCUUAACGUUAAUCGAAUCCUCUUGAAUUAUUAUUGCCACUCAACAGUUGCUGCGCCACGGUUGCUAUUAUUGCGCCUCGACGGGAAAAGCAUCGCCAUUACCAUGAAGUUAAUGGGAUGCGGAUAGAUCGGGAAAAGUAAGUACCGGAAACCGACCUCGGGAAAAUUUGCGCUCACGUCCAUUCAGAGUCUAGAAAAAUCUAUGAUACACAGACGAGGACUCUAGACCGGCGUUGCUAUUAUUGGUUCUGCCAUUCCAUUAUUAGCCAAUCUAACUGGAUGAAUAACCUGUUUCCCCCGGCUUUUUCUGGAAUAAGGCUGCCUGGCGUUGGCUGUGCACCAAGAUGGAGAAUAGACUAAUGGUAGAAUGUCGCCUCUGGAGAAACCGGACAAAACACAAACGGGGGUUCAGGACGCGCUUACUGGGCGCACUGCGUUUAAUGUGGAUGUCGAUCUCAUACGGAAUAUACCGAGGCUCAACAACUGUCAACGUCAGAGUAAUAAUAAUAACUACUGUAGUUAGUAGUAAAAUCGCUUGGCGUAGACUGCGCCUCGCAGGCCACGAAAUACGGCAGGGCUCGGAUGUGAAGCGCUAAGCAUUAUGGUAUUACUGCAUGAAUCAUGAUGAACGAUCGUUAAGGAUGAAGGAUCGUCGAUUAGCCAAAUCUUUGGGGGCUCGGUGGAGGCCUCGAUGGCGGCCUCUGAUUGCCAAAGUGUCAAUUGGGGCUGCAAGGGACUGGAUCAGUGUCGCACCGGGGCCAAC